UAACAGUGUAACAAAUAUACGAUCCACAGGAACGGGCGGAAAGUGAACGAAUUGGAAAUACGAUCCAAACUGUUUUGCUGUCAGUUGUCAUCACCAUCGAACCAUCGAUAAACAGUUAGUGUUUGGCCAUCCGGCUGAUGAAUUUUAGGAGUCAAAGCGGCGGUCAGAAAAUGUCAUGCUCAAUACGCCACUCUCAUGCCGCACCUUCCAACCAUGGCAUCGAUCAGCAGCAGCAGCUCGCCGUUUGGAACUACAUCCAUCGCCGGAACAACAUCCGCAUCCGCAGGCUGGAUUGCCUGAAGGCUGAGGAGGAGGUGGCCUGCGAGGAACCGACGGCGGUUGGAUCGAAAAUGGCCCAGUUGGUGCAUUUUUUGUACGAGAACGAUAGGAACCCGGAAGAGGACUUUCAGAAGAUGUUGAUCCUGUUUAGGAGCUUGUAUUUGCAUAAUUGUAGGAAGUGAAAAUUAUGAAUGCAUAAUAAGAUGCCGAGAAAAAAAUAUAAAGAAAGUCGUGAUUUUAGAUUUCUAUUCAAAUAAAGUUGAAAAGUGCACGCAAGUUUGUGGUUGAAGCAA